AAUUGAAUUUUCAAACUGAUUAGAGAAUUCAUUUCUUGGAGUUGUUAUUUUGCCUAUUGCUGUUUUUUGGAAUCUUUUUCUUUUGGUUUAGCCCUACCUACCCUUUGAGUCGGAAUGGGGGAUAUAAUCUAUAUAUUUUUUAUGUAUCAGGUGUCAUGACUGAUCAUGUGCUAUUGGCAUGGACCAAGAUGGUCGAAGAUCAAGAAAACACUAUGCAUUCAUUAAGAAAUGAUCUUGAUCAAGCAGAAAAAGUGUUAGUAGGUUGGCAAUCUAAGUUGUGCAAGCUGAUUAGGACAGAAAGUCUGCUGAAAGAUGCCAACAAUUUACUGAAUGAUGCCAACAACUUACUGAAUGGCAUCGUUGACAGCCCGGGGGGUUCUGACACCCGGGCACUGGCAAUCCGGGGCGUUUCAGUUUCAGACAGCCACAGUGUGUCACACAUUGACAGCCAGAGUGUUUUAUACAUUGACAGCCACGGCGUGUCACACACGGACAGCCCUGCCGUGUCACACACCGAGGACAGCCCUGCCGUGUCACACACCGAGGACAGCCCUGCCGUGUCACACACCGAGGACAGCCCUGCCGUGUCACACACCGAGGACAGCCCUGCCGUGUCACACACCGAGGACAGCCCUGCCGUGUCACACACCGAGGACAGCCCUGCCGUGUCACACACCGAGGACAGCCCUGCCGUGUCACACACCGAGGACAGCCCUGCCGUGUCACACACCGAGGACAGCCCUGCCGUGUCACACACCGAGGACAUCCCUGCCGUGUCACACACCAAGGACAUCCCUGCCCUGUCACACACCCAUGAUAGCAAGGGGGGUUUUGAACUGUCUCCAUUACCCACCACACCCUCCACACCCGAGUUGUGUGGUAAGGCUGAUGACCUGAAGCAGCGUGAUCAGAAAGUUAAUGAAUGCAUCAUCGAAAUGGAGGCCUCGCUGAAAGUAACAAAGGAAAGAAUAGCAGCUUGGGAAAACGCCGCAAGAAUUUUGAGGCGAGUUAAUAUUUUGGUGCGUCAUGCUUUGGAUGGCGUGAGUAGUACAGUGGACAUGCUCAGAGAUAUAUCACAGCAGGCGGAUGUUAACGCAUAAUUAGGUUGUAUGUACUUUUACCUAGGGCUCUCUAUGUACUUCUCUCUAUACACUAUACAGUCUCUUCUGCUAUGGUUUGAUAUAUUACUGGUUUUCCCUGUCUGGAAGAACUUUUGUUUGGGUAACGUGAGUAGUACAUAUCACAGCAGGCGGGUUUGAACGCAUAAUUCGGUUGUAUGUACUUUUACCUAGGGCUCUCUAUGUACUUCUCUCUAUACACUAUACAGUCUCUUCUGCUACGGUUUUUGAUA